AUGGGCAAAAAGCACAAAAAACACAAAUCAGAGAAACACGCGUACGACGACUACGUGGAGCGGCCACUGAAGCUUGUUUUGAAGGUGGCGGGUACUGAAGUGACCACCGAGCACGUUGAUGACGAGCAGAUAGAUCACGAUAAGCACAAGGACAAGAAAAAGAAGAAGAAAAAGAAAGAAGAUAAGGAUAGAGAUAGCCCUCCACUCUCCCCAGGGGACGACAAGAAAAAGAAAAAGAUGACAAAGAAGAGGAAAGGCCAGGACUCGGCAGACAUGGAUGUGGAUGAACAGAGCAGAACUCCAGUCCGGUCUGAUGUAUCUCAGGAUAAGCCUCUCACGCCCUUGCUGGCUAAAACGGAAGAAAAGGAGCAGACUCCACUACAGGAAGCCCUGAGUCAGCUAAUCCGGCAGUUACAGAGGAAAGACCCCAGUGCAUUUUUCUCUUUCCCUGUAACUGACCUCAUCGCUCCUGGAUACUCUCUAAUCAUAAAGAGACCCAUGGAUUUCAGCACCAUGAAGGAGAAGGUGAAGAGGGAGUGCUACCAGUCUCUGGAGGAACUGAAGUUGGAUUUCAAGAUAAUGUGUGAGAAUGCUAUGGUUUACAACAAACCAGAGACAAUUUACUACAAGGCUGCCAAGAAGCUCCUCCACUCUGGCAUGAAGAUCUUGAGCACGGAAAGGCUUCAGAGCCUGAAGCAGAGUAUUGAGUUUAUGGCAGACUUGAAAACACCAAACAGCAGGACAGUGGAAGAUGGGGAGGAAGAAGGGUCAUCAAGUGACCCCGCCAAAGACGGGUCGUCACCAAUGGAUACCAGUGACAACUCUCAGUCACCCAGGGUGGCGAGUAGGGACACACCCAGUAAGGACUCUAAAGAUGAUGCUCAGAAGGGUGUAAACCAGGCAGAGAAGGAUCUAGAGGAGAUUAAAAAGAUCAUAGCAGAGUCUGGAGGUAAACUGUCCAACCGGAGCCUACAGUGCGAGCUUGAUUUUGAGAGGAGAAAGUCUGAUGGCACAACCACUCUGGGCUUCUUGAACCCUGCUGACCUGAGUGUUGGAGAUCCUGGGUACUGUCCGGUGAAGCUGGGGAUGAUGGGCGGCAGGCUGCAGACAGGCGUAAAUACCUUGCAGGGCUUUAAAGAAGAUAAGAGGAACAGAGUCACUCCAGUGACGUAUAUGAACUAUGGGCCUUUUAGCUCGUACGCUCCUACAUACGACUCCAGCUUUGCCAACAUCAGUAAAGAGGAUUCGGAUCUCGUCUACUCUUUCUACGGAGAGGAGUGCAGCCUCCAGGGCUCUGAAAGUACUAUUGCAGAUUUCCUGGCUAAGUCAGAAGAGCAUAUGAGCCGACUGGCUGAUAAUAUUUUGGAUGCACUGACCAAUGGAGAACACUCCAAGCAGCUGAAGGAGAAUGAGACUAAUGCCCAGGAGGUGGAGGAGCCAACAGAGAAGUCAGACAAAGCUGAAGAUGUUGAGGUGGUUGGAUCAGAGUCCAGCAGUGGGAACAACAUGACUGCUCUGAGUUCAGUCAUGAGUUUGGGUCUGGGUCUCGACCUCCUGCCUGAGAGCUUCGACUCCGAGGAAGCGGAACAGUUCCAGAAGAAGCUGGAUGAGACCACUGUGCUUCUGAAGGACCUGCAGGAAGCUCAGAGAGAGAGACUAAGCGCCAAACAGCCUCCAAACAUCAUCUGCCUGCUCGCCCCUACUGCUAAAGAGCUACAGCUAGCGGAGAAGGUGACCGGGAACUUGGCCCACCUGACUAGUCAGGUGACUCCAGGUGAUGUGAGCACUGUGUAUGGUAUUAGGAAGGCAAUGGGCAUCUCACUGCCUACUCAACCAGAGGAGACACUCUCACACCUGACUACAGCAGACAUGGACGUAAUAUGUAUGGGCUCCGACGAUGUCCCAGCCAUCGCAGUCUAGCGAACCCAUUCAACCCAAACCCUGCUCUGUACCAAUGGUGCUCUAUUUGUUUCAUGUUUGUAUACAUUUCACUUAAUAAAAUGUUUUUUUCUGUAAUUGA